CCCCUUCAUCACUCACUCACCAUCUCAACAAACAAUCCCAUAUUGUUCAUAAUUUCUCAACAAAAUUAUGUUUCUCAGAGCCCCUCUCACUCCCACUUUCUUCACCGGAACCACCACCGAUGAGAGUUUUAACUGUCCUCUGUUUUCAUCCCCUGUUACGACGUCGUUAAAUACCGUUUGUGCGGCGGUGAAAGGCGGUUCUUCGAACCAUCGUCCGCUUACUGGGGUUGUGUUUGAGCCGUUUGAGGAGGUCAAGAAAGAGCUUAAUCUUGUACCCUCUGGUUAUCACCAGUCUCUUGCUCGACAAAAGUAUGCUGAUGAGUCUGAAGCUUCUAUUAAUGAACAGAUCAAUGUUGAGUAUAAUGUCUCCUAUGUGUACCAUGCUAUGUAUGCCUACUUUGAUAGGGAUAAUGUUGCUCUCAAGGGCUUAGCCAAGUUCUUUAAGGAGUCUAGUGAAGAAGAAAGAGAACAUGCUGAAAAGUUCAUGGAAUACCAGAACAAACGAGGUGGGAAGGUGAAGUUGCAAUCGAUUAUAAUGCCACUAUCCGAGUUUGACCAUGAAGAAAAAGGAGACGCAUUGUAUGCAAUGGAGCUUGCGUUGUCAUUGGAGAAGCUGACAAAUGAGAAGCUUCUGAACCUCCAUGAGGUGGCCUGCAGGAACAAUGAUGUGCAAUUAGCUGAUUUUGUAGAAAGCGAGUUUCUUGGUGAACAGGUUGAAGCAAUCAAGAAGAUAUCCGAGUAUGUUGCUCAACUAAGAAGAGUUGGCAAAGGGCAUGGUGUUUGGCACUUCAAUCAGAUGCUCCUGAAUGAAGGUGCUGCUGCCUGAAGGAGUUAAAUUUUGUUGUUUCUACUUGUGGUAUGUGAAAUCUUGUGGGUUUGAUUGUGUCUUUCUCUUAUGUGUUAUGAAGUAAACCCGGUCUAGUUUUAGUGUUGGUGUUGGUAUUGCCGUUUUUUUUGUGAAUCUUUUAGAGCCAGUCAUUUGGUUUGUGCUCAUAGCUACUGUAUGGCUUUGCAAUCAGUUGGUGCAAUUAGGAAGUGUCCCUAAAAUCAAAUCAACAUAAUUCAAAUGAACAUAUGACACGAUCGGUCAGAUUUUUUUCUUCUUA